UAAACCACAGAGAGACAACACACCCAGUAACUCACUCACUCAUUCACUGAGCCACCGUUCACCAGGAGCUGAGGUGAAACUGCAGCUGCUGCUGUCACUUAAUCUCACUGCGCACAAACUGCCGCUUCUCACACUGGAACUCAUUAUUAUUGGAGUGGAAUUAAACUCUUUCUCUGUCUCCCGAUGAGCGCUGACCAAAAGGACAAUCCCCACUGAUGGCAGUGAUGGAGAAUGAGACGUGGCCCUUGUACGCCUCCCAUCAUUUGCUCCGCGGUGACCCCUUUGCCUCCAGACUCUCCAGAGAGGCGGAUAUCGUCGCAGGUUUUUACAUCUGCAUCAUAGGGAUAUUGUCUGCAACAGGCAAUGGCUACGUCAUUUAUAUGGCCAUCAAACGCAAGACCAAGUUAAAGCCUCCGGAGCUUAUGACUGUCAAUCUAGCCAUUUUUGACUUUGGCAUCUCAGUGACAGGAAAGCCCUUUUUCGUAGUAUCCAGUUUCUCCCACCGCUGGUUGUUCGGCUGGGAGGGCUGCCAGUUCUACGGCUGGGCGGGCUUCUUCUUUGGUUGUGGGAGCCUCACUACGCUGACCGUGGUCAGCCUGGAUCGCUACCUGAAAAUCUGCCAUCUACAAUAUGGCACAUGGUGGAAACGCCACCACACCUUCCUGUGCCUGGCCUUUGUCUGGGUGUAUGCAGGCUUCUGGGCCACCAUGCCCCUCAUCGGCUGGGGAAGCUACGCCCCAGAGCCCUUCGGGACUUCCUGCACACUGAACUGGUGGCUGGCACAAGCCUCUGUGUCCGGACAGAGCUUUGUCCUGUCCAUUUUGUUCUUCUGCCUCGUCCUCCCGGCUGGCAUUAUUGUCUUCUCCUAUGUCAAGAUCAUCUUCAAGGUCAAGUCCUCGGCAAAGGAGAUCUCACACUUUGACGCCCGCAUCAAAAACAGUCACAACCUUGAGAUGAAGCUCACAAAGGUGGCAAUGCUGAUCUGUGCGGGUUUCUUGAUAGCUUGGAUCCCUUAUGCAGUGGUGUCAGUGGUGUCCGCGUUCGGUGAGCCAGACACAGUGCCCAUCGCCGUGUCUGUCAUUCCCACCCUGCUGGCCAAGUCCUCAGCCAUGUACAACCCCAUCAUCUACCAGGUCCUGAACCUGAAAAAAUCCUGCACAAAGUCCUCCUGUUUUACGGCCCUGAAGAGACGCAGACAUUUUAGAAAGUCAAGAUUCUGCACCAUUUCAGGCACGAUAAAGGUCACGCCCCCAGCCAAAGAAGCUCAAAUUGAGAUAUGAAAGAGACUCUAGACUGUGUGCCCUCCUUAUCUCUUCUACUUUGGACACCUUGCCUUGUUCCUUGACCCGAGUGUCGUGCACUUACCCAAUCACAUGCUGCCUGCCUUCUGCUACGAGUCACGAGCUCACCUUCAGUCUUGCUGUUCGUAUUUACGUCCACACUGGAUUUUCCGCACUUUCCCUCCGCAGUUCCUUGCCUGUUCUUCUCCAGAUGCACAUCUCUUCCUUCAUCUGUGGAACUUGGAGCUGUGUUGUCUUUAUGGCCGCUGCAACAUACAAGUGAGCGGUUGUGUGAACGUCUUUCGUCUUUCAGUAUCACACACACACACACACCAAAUGAAAAAAGGAAAGAAAUGCUACUGGCUGACUUGAUUUGUUGUUAACGUAACUUGUUGCAAUUAAGUUAAGAAAUUGUUUCCAACCAGUUUUGUAGAUAUAUUUUUC